AUGAUCCGUCUCGAGCGUGAUAUUUCACACUAUAUUAAGGUGUUGGAGUCGGUCAGUGAUGGCUUUCACGAUCCAGAUUUCGAUGCCAAGCCAAUGAUUCUAUUGGUUGGUCAAUACUCUACCGGCAAAACAACGUUCAUCCGAUAUCUGCUAGAAGAGGAUUUUCCCGGAAUAAGGAUAGGUCCUGAACCAACAACGGAUCGUUUUAUAGCUGUGAUGCAUGGUGAGGAUCAGGGUUCGAUCCCCGGUAAUGCGCUCGUUGUUGAUGCGAAAAAACAGUUUAGGGCACUCAGCAAAUUCGGAAAUGCCUUCUUGAAUCGUUUUCAAUGCUCGACAUUGAACAAUGAAGUGCUCAAAAGUAUUUCGAUUGUUGAUACACCCGGUAUUCUAAGUGGAGAGAAACAGAGAAUCGAUCGUGGUUAUGAUUUUACGGGUGUGUUGGAGUGGUUUGCGGAACGGGUGGAUCGUAUUAUAUUGUUGUUUGAUGCGCACAAAUUGGAUAUUUCUGAUGAGUUCAAACGAUGCAUUGAGGCGCUUUCUGGAAAUGAGGAUAAAAUCCGAAUUGUGCUCAAUAAAUCCGAUAUGGUCGAUCAUCAGCAAUUGAUGCGAGUUUAUGGUGCACUUAUGUGGUCGCUUGGGAAAGUCUUCAAAACACCCGAAGUAUCACGAGUGUACAUCGGGUCGUUCUGGGAUCAACCGUUGCAUUACGAUAUAAACCGGCGUUUAUUCCAAGAUGAACAACACGAUCUGUUCGCUGAUAUACAGGCAUUGCCUCGCAAUGCUGCGUUACGUCGACUCAACGAUCUUAUCAAACGAGCAAGGCUCGCUAAAGUGCAUGCAUUCAUAAUUUCUGAAUUGAAGAACGAAAUGCCAUCGAUGAUCGGGAAAGAGAAGAAAAAGAAGGAUCUUAUCCAAAAUUUAGAUAAGGUUUUCGACCGAAUACAGCGUGAGCACAACAUUUCGCCGGGUGAUUUCCCAGAUGUGAACAAAAUGCGGGAUCACCUUCAGAAUCAAGACUUUACAAAAUUUAAUUCUCUCAAACCGCGGUUGUUGGAGGUGGUCGAGGGGAUGCUCUCGUCUGAUAUCGCUCGACUUAUGGCCCAGAUUCCGAAGGAGGAAUGUGCAGGUAUGCCUUUGGCGAAUGGUGGAGGAUCUGGGGCUCAACCCAGCCAAACGUUGAAGGUGCAUGGUGGCGUGUUCGAUCAAACAGUCGAAUCAGAAACACCGUUUGGAUUUGGUAAAGGAGAAGGGUUCGACAAGGGUGCAAAUGAGGCCGAAUGGGUUGUUACUCGAGAGAGGUACAAGUCUGAUGAGAUAUUCGAUAGUCUCGAUCCUAUUGAUGGCAAGAUCACAGGUCGUGCCGCAAAGGAGCAUAUGAUCAAGUCGAAAUUGCCGAAUUCAGUGCUGGGCAAAAUUUGGAAGUUGUCAGAUAUCGAUAAGGAUGGAAUGUUGGAUUCAGAUGAAUUUGCACUCGCAAAUUACCUCAUCAAUCUGAAACUCGAGAAUCAUGAAUUACCAGCAGAAUUACCAAAACAUUUGAUUCCACCGUCGAAACGAGAAGAAGAUCCGAUGUAUCCAACUCUGGAUUGA